AUGAGCGAACUUGGGAAUUCUCGGCCUACCCGAUCCCCAAGAAUCAUGUCUCCACAAAUAAAUUCAGCUAGAAAGAAUAACUCACCAAUGCUUCGCGUUAAAAAUCCACCAAGCGCAAGAUUAUUCGUCGAUCCUAAAGUAGGUAUAAGAACACAGCGAAUAAAUGAACGUAAGGCACUCGAAGAACAACUAGAAAAGGAAAGACUCGAACGUGAGGCAGAAAAUGAGCCAAAUUUAUUUACAAAAUUAAAAGAAAGGCGUCAGGAAGAGGAAAAUUGCUUAGAUUUUCUUGAUGCUAACAGAAAAAUUCUUCGUCAGCAUAAUGCAGAUCUUGUUGAUGAUAAAUUGAACGCUGAUUACCAACAUUAUUUGUAUAAAUAUAUAAGGUAUCCGGCCACUCAAGAAAUCGAUCUUAAAUCUCAGCUUAAAGAUGCAUAUGCAUUCAAGGAGAAGUUUACAGAGAAUCGUUCUAUUCGUAAUGAACAAUAUAUUCAACAACGCAAGAAAGAUUUCGCUAUUUCAAACAAUCGUAUCAAAUUACUUACGCAGAAGCUCCAAGAAGAGUACAAUAAUAGUGUUAAUAACGCUUUGGCUAUGUGCAAUACAAUUACAGACGAAACUAAUGCAACAUCAGACAACCUUAUUUCAGAAUUGAGCCGCAAUGUUACAGAAGUUCUUGUACAGUCUUCGUUAGCUUUAGAAAAGAUAUCAGAUUCUGUCAAUUUCGUUCCAUUCUUCUAUUCAGAAUUAAUUCCACAUUUCCAAAGCAACGGCACUGUUUUCGAUAUCAAUAAUGCACAAAUACCAGAAUACCAAGCAAAUAUCUACAGAACUCCUCUAUAUUCAGAAACAACUCGAACAUUAACGACAAUUCUCGAAACAUUCCAGCCAGAAAUGAUGACUCCCAAGCUUCUUUCUCGUCAGAGUCGUGUUGUAUGCGUUCUUACUAAACCACUCGUCUUUACAAGAGAAUUAUCAACUCAAAUUGCAAAUUCUCUUGGAUGGACACCAUAUUUCGUAGAAGAUUUCGAGAAUACAGUUGAAGAAAUCUUUACUCUCCUCGCUUCAACAAACGAAGAUGUAAUUUUAUUCGGAUUCCCAAGAACUCCAACAGAAGCUCAAGAACUCUACAAAUUAUUCAAUCCUAAGACAGACAGACCACAAGUUUCUCAGUUAUUACCGAAGCCAGAACCAACAGAAAUUUCUCCAUUUGAUAAAGUCAUCGAAAUCGAUGUUGAUGAUAAAGUCAUCGUUGAAGAUGUUUACGCUCAACUUGAAGAUUCACAGACAGGUGAAAAAUUUGAUGUUCGUAGCUUAAAUGUCCAAGAUGAAAACCAAAUAAUCAGAUUCAAGCCAGCAGAAGAUCCAUUCCUCGAUAUUCCACAAUUCCCAAUGAGAACAGUUACAAUGAAGACGAACUUCAACCUCAUUGCUCAAGCAUUUGCAAAAUCUUAUUCUUCCAUCAAAAUUGAAAAGAGAGAAGUAACUGAUGACUUGAUUUCCAAGCUCAAAUCACUUACAGAACAGAUUACACCACCAACUCCACCAGAAUAUCCAUCAGACGUCAUAAUUCAAAACCUUGCAUCACAAUUACAGAAUAUUUCACCAGAAAUCAAAGAACAUUUCAUCAACCAAUGGAAAGUUGCCGAAGAAAGGUACGAAAACGCCAUUUCUGGUAUCUUUGCCCUUGUUAACAACACUCAUCUUUCAAUGGUGAACCAUUUAACGAAAGCCAGACAAGAAAUGCUCCAAUUCCUUUCAAGACCAGGUAAUUCACAACAUUUAGUCAUAGAAUUCCAACAGUGGCACUGUCAACAGGUAGAAAGAGGAAUGAGAAGAAUGCAAAAAGUGAAAGAUGAAUGUAAUUUAAGGUUAAACUCAUUAAGGGACCAGUUGUUAGCGAUAGAGAACGACAGAAAGGCUGAAGAAGAGCUUAAGCAGAAGGAUCUAUUGAAUGCACCAUUCAGAACCACACUUUUCGAAGUAAUUUCAAAUGCAUAUACAAUGCUCGCACAAGCAGAGAUCGAUAGAUGGACAAGUGUUCACAGAAUCAUCAUGGAUCUCAACCAGAUCAUUGUAAAUGCAGAAUUGGUCGCUCCUUUGCCGAGAAAGAAGCUCCCAUUAAUUGCAGAUUCAAGAACAGACAAAAAGAAAGCUCAGAAGAAGCCAACAAGGACAACACCACAAUCAAAGAGUCGCUUAGACAACAAAUUACCUCCUUUCGAGCUUCCUUUGACCGAAAACAUCGAUGCAAUCAAGAAAUUCAUUGGAGAAGCAGCUUCGAUUUAUAUCCCUGUUACUGCUCCUGUGUCAACAAGAGCAAAGAAGCCAGUUAAGGACAAGAAUCCAUUUGCUCCACACAGAAUACAGGCAACAGAAGAAGUCCAAGCAUGUCUUAAAGAUGAUGAUUCAUAUGUCUUGAACAUGCUUGACAAAAUUUCAAGAAUGGCUCAAGAUGAAGUUCAGACAAUUCAACAGGCAUUUGAUGCUUUCGUUGAUGAUUCAAGCAACUGGAUUAACAGCCAUUACGAAAGAAGGAAGUCAAUUGCAGAUACAGCAAUCGCUUUUAUGAUCCAGAAAGUUGCUGAUGAACAACAACUCAACCAGUUGAUUUUGUUCUCUGAAGACAAAUGCACUGUUGAUUAUUCUGAAUUACUUUCUGCAAAUGAAGAAUCUCCGAAGAUUCCACCAGCAUUCCCAGAAGAUGUUACCAAAGAAGCUUCCAAUGGAAGAGCUGAGAGCUUGUAUGAAAAAAUUUCUAUGUUUGAUACUGAUGAUAAUGUUAAUCAAAGUUAA